AUGGAAGGAGUAAUCUAUAAAGGAGUAAGUAAAGCUAAUGGAAAUGAAAAUGCCACAGAAGGGUCAAUUGUUAAUUACAGAUGGACUGGAAGUCAUUUCACCAGGGAAGUUCUUGAGAAUCAGAAAUUCAAUGUUAGGAUGUUAAGAGAAGAAGUAAAGAUUAAAUUUGGAAUAGAGGUUAGUAUGGGACAAUGUAGGAGAGCCAAGCAAUAUGCAAUGUCUCUUAUUAAAGGUACCAUAGUGGAAAAUUAUGCAAAGUUGUGGUCCUAUGGUGAGGAGAUAAAAAGUGUCAAAGCCUUAAAAAGUAAAGUCAAAAAGAGGAAGGCUAAAGGUGAAGAUAAAACUAGUGCAUUGAAGAAAAUGAAGGGUAAAGCUAGUGCAUUGAAGAAAGGGAAGGGUCAAGUGCAAAGGGGGAAUGGUGUAAAAAAGGGAAAAGGUGAAGGUGAAGGUGGAAGUGGAAUUGGUUUCAAAACGGGACAAGGUGAAUGUGGGUCGACAAGUGUUGUGGAUAAGAAAAAUGGUAAAAAAGAAGGUACAGUGAAGUUAAGAAAAAAGUUAGAGAAGAUAAUACAGAAAAAGUUGGCAAAAACAGUUGAAGGAAAAAAUAGUGAAGGUGAUACAUCAACCAAACCAAUGGACUUGGAUUAA